GGUCGCUACUGACUGGGAAGGUUGCUCUGCACGUCAGGAUUGGGUUUCAGGUCAGAGGACCAUGCGGAGAGAGCGGAGGGCAGAGCUGUGCUUGAGGCUGCUCCCCAGGACCUCAGCUAGACUGAGAGCUUUCAGGGGAGAUGACGUCCCCGAGGGAACAGAGGUCUCCCGUCCUAUCUUAAGUGCUGCUGGAUCCCGCAUGACGUCAGCCAGCCCCCUCGCUGCUGCCGGGAGCCGCGAGCUCUGUGCUGGGGCCCGGCCGGCACCAGGCACGGACACUUCAGCCCUUGUUGGGAAAACAGAGAGAGGCUCUCUUGUCCACUGCCUGUCUUCAGCUCCAACUGCUGGUUCUCCCAGAGGCUUCUCAGGCUGUGCAGAGAGCCCACCUGAUCACCGCCACAGAAUGGACUCUAGCCUGGCCGGGGCCCCCAGUCCACAGCCCUCCAGGGCCAAUGGGAACGUCCACCUGGGGCCUUCAGUCAACCCAAAUGCCAGGCCCACGGACUUCGACUUUCUCAAAGUCAUUGGCAAAGGGAACUACGGGAAGGUCCUACUGGCCAAGCACAAGUCCGACGGGACGUUCUAUGCAGUGAAGGUGCUGCAGAAAAAAUCCAUCUUGAAGAAGAAAGAGCAGGGCCACAUCAUGGCGGAGCGCAGUGUGCUUCUCAAGAAUGUGCGGCACCCCUUCCUCGUGGGCCUGCGCUACUCCUUCCAGACACCUGAGAAGCUCUACUUUGUGCUGGACUAUGUCAAUGGGGGAGAGCUCUUCUUCCACCUGCAGCGGGAGCGCCGGUUCCUGGAGCCUCGGGCCCGCUUCUAUGCUGCAGAGGUGGCCAGCGCCAUUGGCUACCUGCACUCCCUCAACGUCAUUUACAGGGACUUGAAACCAGAGAACAUCCUCUUGGACUGCCAGGGACACGUGGUGCUGACCGAUUUCGGCCUCUGCAAGGAAGGUGUCGAGCCCGAGGAGACCACGUCCACGUUCUGUGGUACCCCAGAGUACUUGGCCCCAGAAGUGCUCCGUAAAGAGCCGUAUGACCGGGCGGUGGACUGGUGGUGCUUGGGGGCAGUCCUCUAUGAGAUGCUACACGGCCUGCCGCCCUUCUACAGCCAAGACGUGUCCCAGAUGUAUGAAAACAUUCUGUACCAGCCACUACAGAUCCCUGGGGGCCGGACAGUGGCCGCUUGUGACCUCCUACAAGGCCUUCUCCACAAGGACCAGAGGCAGCGGCUGGGCUCCAAAGCAGACUUCCUCGAGAUAAAGAAUCAUGUAUUCUUCAGCCCCAUAAACUGGGAUGACUUGUACCACAAGAGGCUAACUCCCCCCUUCAACCCAAAUGUGGCAGGACCUGCUGACUUGAAAAACUUUGACCCAGAGUUCACCCAGGAAGCUGUGUCCAAGUCCAUUGGCUGCACUCCUGACACUGUGGCCAGCAGCUCUGGGGCCUCAAGUGCAUUUCUGGGAUUUUCUUAUGCACAGGGGGAUGAUGACCUCUUGGAUUGCUAGAAGAGGAGCACCUGUGAAACCACUGAGACCAGCUGGUAUUAGUACGGAAUUACCUUCAGCUACUAGGAACAGAGAUGCAAAGUAACAAUGACUUGGAUGAGAAACAAGUUUAUUUUUUUCCCAUCACAUAAAAGAAUAGUGUUAGGCAGUCCAGGGCUAGUGUGACAGGUCAUCAGACACUCAGAGGCAAUGGCUUCCAAUAUCAGGGUUGCUACAUUAUCACAAAAUGGUUACUGGAGCUCUAGCCACCAAUUUUGUGUUCUGGGCAGGGAAAAAGGAGGAAGGGAAGAGAGCAAAAUGGUACUUUGAAAAGCUAUCCCAGAGCCCCACCAAUGACUUCUGCUUACAUCUUACUAACCACACACCCUUGCCUGGAUUGGAGGCUGGGCUGCGUGGCUCAUUAGCUGGGCACAUGACUACCCAGCUGACACUAAGAGAGAAACGGAGAAUGUUGGAUAGGCAACCAAGCACUCCUUACCAGAAGGGCUCCUAGUGUUUGGAUUUUGAUCUCAAUGUGUAAAAUGACAGAGAUGUAACAAGCUUAUAGGGUGUCAGCCAACAUCUCCAUAUUGAUGGUGUCUUUCUUUGCUGUGGGUAGUACUGGACAUUUGUUUUGGGUUGUUUGCCUGGUAUCUGAACCCCUUCCUAUAUUCAGGGAGUACCCUACUUUAUAAGCCUUCAUGAAGGGCAAUAACUACCUCCACGUAGAGUAGCUAAAAAUGCUAGAUACUGACUUUCCCAGCCUCCCCUGACCUAGGGCCAGGCAUGUGGCCCAGGGAUGCAUCUGUGCCACUUUUGAUUCAGGGAAGGGACUAGGAGCUCUCUUUCAUGUGUUAAUUGUGGUGAGUACCCACAAAACUGAGUUUCUGGUAUAAAAAUAGCAACAAUGCAAAUUGUAGCAAUUGGUACUUAGCUUCAGCAACAGCAGCAGUUUCCUCAUCAGACCAGCACUGCAGUGUCAUUCCUGGAAGCCUCAAAUCUCAUUCUCUAGCUGUCCCAAUGAUGUCAAGAGCAUUUGAUGCCUUUAACACAUUCCUUUUUUGCUUAAUUGGCCAAAAUCAGUAUUAGAUCGCCUGCCUAAGCUUCGCCAGUUUCUGUGCUAGACUUUUUAAUGCCUGUUACCAAUUUUCAUCCAAACAACCCUAAGAUAGAAUUAUUACUAUCUCCUUUUUACCAAUAAAGAAGCAGGAUCAGAGAAGUUGUUCCUUGCCUGAAGAUCACAUAGCUAAUAAGGGCCAGAGAUGCGACUUGGAGCCAUAUUUGACUCUCACAUUGAACUUUUGUGCCGAUCUGCCCCUCACUCUGAGUGGUAGGUCCAAGCAGAAUGACUGUCAAAAUCUCUAAUGAAAGCCAAAUCAAGAAUUAGUCGGACCAAGCGAGGUGUGAGAAAUGGGGUCUUGAAGAGGAGCCAUUCAAGUGAAUGCUAUUCAUGGUCUGAGCCUGGCUGCCAAGUUCAUGCUGUGCUGCACCUCGCAUGGGGAGCUCAGGCCUUGGACAGAGCUGGAGACUGCUGCAGACUUGGUGACCAGAGCUUCCUGGCCACCCAUGGAGCUCCAUACGUUCAAGAUUAGUCGUUUCUAAAGGUAAUUCUGAUUGGACAGAACGUGAGCAUAUAACACCUCAUGAAUUCAGGACACCCUGCACUUGUGGGAUGGAUCAUACUUCCUUACUUCAGUGGUUUUUCACAAACCUGUGGUUCCUACUUCAGGGUGGCCUUAUUAGCUUUUUGGUUUGGGGACAAGAGGAAGAACUUUCUUAGGAUUAGUGUGUGCUGGUGAUUUUAUUGCCUUUUCCUCUUAACUCAGUCCCACUCUUUCCCUUCCAUUUUUGUCCACCUAGUCCCCUGCCCAAGCAAUUAUGGGGGACAAAUCUGGGAGACCAUGGAAAAAACACCAGUGACACUGACCUAUUGGAGAUCAAAGCUGGGUCAGGAAGAAUUAAUAUUAAGCUUUGACAUGUGCUGAGAACUCUGAAACACUCUGAUUUCCAUCUUAAUAGCACUUGUCAAUUGACAAAUGUAGAAUAAGGUGAGCGAGAGGUCAAAAUCCCCCCAACUUCCCAAAGCAAAAAUCAAAAGUGUAAUUGUCGGACACAUGCUAGUACUGUCAAAAGUACACAAUCAGCUAUGGGUUGUGAAACAUGUAAUGGUUUUAUCUAUUCUAAGGUGUAAAAUCACAAAUUUUUC